AUGGAGAUCGUGGAAGAAGUUGAACUUUGCUUCCCACAACUCCUCAAUGCCUCCUGCAAGAAGCAAAUGCAUACUCACUUUGAGUUCAUACUGUCUUACGUUACGCUUUCCUCCAUCACUCUGCUCACCACCACUCUCAACCUGCUGGUCAUCAUCUCCGUCUCCCACUUCAAGCAGCUCUACACCCCCUCCAACCUCCUCCUCCUCUCUCUGGCUAUCUCAGAUUUCUUCGUGGGCCUCCUCAUGUUCUUUCAAAUUAUGCUCAUAGAUGGCUGCUGGUUCCUCGGUGACCUCAUGUGUAUUAUGUAUUAUCUUUUGGACUAUACCAUUACUUCUGCUUCAGUGGGGAGCAUGGUGCUCAUAUCUAUUGACCGCUAUGUGGCUAUUUGUGAUCCUAUGCAUUACUCUACUAAAGUCACAGAAAAAAGAGUUCAAGUUAGUAUUUGUGUGUGUUGGAUAUGUUCUGUAGUUUUUCAAACUCUGAUUCUGAGUGAUAACUUCAAACAACCUGGCAGGUAUAACUCCUGCUCUGGGGAGUGUGUGGUUGUCAACAAUUAUUUAGCAGGACUUGUUGAUCUGGUUGUAUCCUUUAUCGGUCCUGUAACGGUCAUCAUAGUUCUGUAUAUGAGAGUGUUUGUGGUGGCUGUGUCUCAGGCUCGUGCCAUGCGGUCUCAUAUUGCAGCUGUCACACUUCAGGGUUCAGUGAAAGUAACUGCUAAGAAAUCUGAAAUGAAAGCAGCCAGGACUCUCGGUGUGGUUAUAGUUGUGUUUCUAAUAUGCUUCUCCCCAUAUUACUGUGUUGCUCUUCCAGGCGAUAACUUGCUCAAUGCUUCAUCCGAUGCAUUUGUGUUGUGUCUUUUCUAUUUUCACUCCUGUUUAAACCCUCUGAUCUAUGCCCUUUUUUACCCCUGGUUCAGAAAAUGUAUUAAACUCAUUGGAACACUUCAGAUACUGCAGCCUGGCUCCAGUGAGACCAACAUACUAUAG